AAUGUUACUGAUGCAACAACUACCAUAAUGUCCAAACCGUUGAUACUCCAUACCGAUCCCGUCAGAUAUGGGCAAGCUCCAUGGACAGAGAUGGAAAAGAUCGCAGAGGUCGUUCAUAUCGGCCAGUACUCCCGUGAACAGUUCAUCGCAGACCUCCACGGAAAGUACAGUAAUGUGGUUGCCAUUGCUAGAGGUUAUUUGACUGGCAGUAAAGUCGGUCGUUUUGACGAAGAUUUGGUCAGCCACUUUCCGCCUACGUUGAAGUACAUCGCCCACCAGGGUGCUGGCUAUGACCAGAUUGACAUUGAGCCUUUAACCAAGAGAGGUAUCCAGGUGUCUCACUGUCCAGAUAUUGUAAACGCUUCCACUGCCGACAGCAACUUGUUUCUCUUGCUUGGAUCCAUGAGAAACUUCGAGGCAGGUCGUCGCCAGCUCGUGGCAGGCAACUGGCCUGCUGGUGGGUUUGGUGCGGGUGUGAAGGAAGGUAUCAACCCUACAAGAAAAGUGUUGGGAAUCAUCGCCAUGGGACGAAUCGGCCGGGCUUUCAGAGAUCGGUGUGUGCCACUUGGCUUUGAAAAGAUCAUCUACUACAACCGGUCUCGGUUGCCAGCCGAGUUGGAAAAAGAUAGUGUGUUUGUGAGCUCCAUCGAAGAGCUUGUGGCGCAGGCAGACGUUAUUUCCAUUAACUGUCCAUUGAACAAAGCCACACACCACUUGAUCAGUGAUGAACUUAUCCUGAAGAUGAAGGACGGAGUCAUUAUUGUCAACACCGCCAGAGGGGCCAUAAUUGAUGAACAGUCGUUGAUUAAACACCUCAAGUCCGGCAAAGUCGGAGCUGCGGGCUUGGACGUAUUUGAAAACGAGCCUCGCCCACCUAAAGAACUCUUGGAGCUCCCUAAUGUGAUGGCAUUGCCUCAUAUGGGAACACAUGCUGUCCAGACGGUGUUUGACAUGGAGAACUGGGUGAUUGAGAACGUCAAGUCGGGUCUCACCACGGGCAAGGUUAUCUCAUUGGUUCCCGAACAGCAGGGUGUGCUUGAUGUUUAGGACGUCCAGCUGAUUUUCUGUGUGGCUAGAACAAGAAAAGUUAAUAGACAAAUACAAAAUCCAAACCAUGUACGAAGAAUUAUGCAAAUUAGGCGUUU